GAAGGGUUGUGCAUGCCAUCAUCAGCACAUUUACCAUGUGUGUGCUCAAAUUGAAACUGACUGUCUGUCAUAAAGACUCCAGCUAGCUAGAUGAGGUAUAUAAUCCGUGGAAGUGAAAGAUGAGCAGAAAGCCACCAUCUAGUGAUGUAUGUGUCACCAGCUGUCAUCCUGGGAGGGUGAAUGAGGUUCUCCAGCCUACUCUCGUGUCUCUUAGCGAUGGAAGAUGUUAUCGGAAAAUAAUCCACUCCUUUGGACAAACAGAAGAGACCCACAUGGAUCUUAGUGUCACCCAAACUUACAUGGAUGACCGUUUUGAUGAGGGUGGAGAAGACGAUGAGACUGAGCUUGAAGGGGUCGAGCCUCUACCAGGAGGCAAGGGGUUCAUGCUCAGAAUGGUCAUUCCAUCGGAUUUCUACAAGUACAUAAUCGGGUGGAAAGGCGGUACAAAAUCAUCCAUUGAAAAAGACACCAAGACUCGGAUCAGAGUGCCCCAGCGAGGAACUGAGGGAGACAUUGUUAUUGAAGGUGAAACUGUGUCUCGCCUGUCUGACGCCAAAAGGAGACUGGAUAUAAUAGUGUGGUCCAAUCGUCUCAAGGAGCCUAUCUCCCACUUCAUCUCCAUCCCACUUAACCACCCAAUUAUCACCGAGCGACUGAAUGAGUUCAGGUCCCAAGUACUGGCAUCAUGCUCCAAGGACAAAGGGGUGAGUGAGGAUCUGUUCCAGACUCCUGCCAAGCUCCACCUGACGGUUGGUGUCAUGAGACUAUUCACACCAGAAGAAGUGGAAAAAGCCAAGUCUGUCCUUCAGGAGUGUGUUAUUGAAGCAAGAGAUUGCCUUGGUGACGAGACUGUUAUGAUAACCCUCUCUGGUGUAGACUGUAUGAAUGAUGACCCCUCAGCUGUGAGUGUGCUCUAUGCUAAGGUGUCACUGAAGGACUCAUCUGCCAGAUUACAGAGGUUUGUGGACACACUUGUUGCUUCGUUCAUGGAGAAGGCUCCCGACCUCAUGACCAGAGAAUUCGAGAGAAUUGGAGUCAAACUUCAUGCCACAAUUUUAAACUCGGCAUUUCGAGAGCUGGCAGACCAACAGAAGGCAUUGAGAACCCCUCACAGAGGCAGGGGUCCCAGGGAGACAUUUGAUGCAAGAACAAUAUUCAAGAAAUUUGGAGAAUUCAAGUUUGGCGAAAUCCCUCUUCAGCACGUCCACUUGUCUAAAAGAGGCGAAUAUGGACCAGAUGGAUUUUAUAGAUGUGUUAGGCAUUACCCUAUUGACACUGUUUCUUGUGGAUGAAGUGUUCUAUAGAUCUUAUGUUGAGUCGUGCACUAGCUAAUAAUUUAUGUCUGUAAUUUAAGUGUAUCUGAUAACCUUUUUUGCUGCCUACAUAA